UAUAAACCCACCGGAAGCCCGGCCGCGCCUCUCUGUCCGGUUGUUUAUGAUGAUGAUGAGCUGCGAGCAACAAACACGGUGUGUUUGAGCUUGUAACUCACAAUGUGCUCAAAUCCUGGCCUCCCAACGACUGGAACAGAAGUGCAUGUAGUCAUCAAGAGGCUUAACCUAAAGGACAGGUGUGGUAUCAUAGAGUUAUGGGUCAACAUGGACGAUGAGAGGAAGCAUAUCUAUGAGCAGAUGAGAGAGGAAAUCCAGAAUCCUGACAGGAAGUUCGCUGGAUCAGAAGGAAAACUCGGGGACCUUUGUCUGGUUUGCAUCGAUGGUGCCUGGCACAGAGCUCGGAUCGUUUCCAUUCAAAGUGACACUUGCAAUGUUUUUGUAAUCGACCAGGGACUGCUGCAUAUCACCACAAGCAAAGCGUUAGCAUGGGGACAUAAGGACAGUUUCCUCCUUCCUCCUGAAACUGAAUCAUGUAUUCUCGCUAAUGUCCUCUUCCUCGAUAACAGGUGGCCAGAAAGAGCCUCAAAGUUUUUGAUGUCUCUGCGUGGUAAGAAGUUUAGAGGCCUGGUUCAAGAUGUGCUGAAGCCGAACAGAACCCUUCUACUCGACAUACCCAUGGUUUCCAAGCCGAUGUGUAUGUUUGGAGUUGCGAAGAAGAUGGCGGUAGACGAGUUUAAGUGCCUUGUACAGAAAUGUCUUGAAGUGGACCGCGUAACGCAAGAACGCAAUCUGAAUGUUGGGCGCAAACUUGAGAAGAUCGACCAAUACUUCUACCCAGAUCUGUUAAUGAAUGCUUUUGAACAUGUUAUUGUGACAGAGGUAACUAACCCACACAACAUAUUUUGCCAACUUCACAUUUUCUCCAAGGCGGUGAGAAAUAUCAGAGCAGAUAUGCAGCAGCAUUAUGAAAAGCACUCAGAUUCAGGAGAGACUUCGCAUUUGAACUGCGGGGAUCCAUGCGCUGCAAAAGGGAUGGAUGGAAAAUGGCAUCGCUCGUUACUGAAGCAAACCUUAACCAAUGAUGAUGCUGUAGAAGUCUUCCAUGUGGAUGAAGGAAAAGUUGAAUCGGUCUCCGUUGGAGACAUUAGACCUCUGUACAGAGAACUUCUGAGGAUGCCCGUUGUCACGUAUCAUUGUUCUCUUGAAGGUGUAACAGAUGACGGAGCAGAAACGACCGGUUACUUGAGGUCCUUGCUUCUUAACAAAACUCAGGUGGCAAAGUUUAACCGCCACAAUAAACCUCGAGAUGUCUAUCACGUCACUCUCUAUGCAAAUUGUGGUACAUGCAUCAACAGUAGUUUCAUACAGAAGAUGGGACAUUUAGCUUCCUCUGAUGUUGUCAACACUGAACAAGAUUUAAAUGUGCAGAACACAGUUGAUGUUGAUGUUUUACUGGAGGAAACUUUGCCAAACACAAAGAACCAAUCAGUCAAUGGAUGGACCGAUGAACCAACAACUGGCAGCAAAAACAGGGAACAACAUCCAUCCCCUCAAAUACAGAUCAACGGGCAUCUUCCAACUGAGGUGCAAAACACUCCCCAUGAUGAUGUGUUUGCUGUAGGAAGAAGCUUCAACGUUAUGGUAUCUUGUUUCGAAAGUCUACAGAAGUUCUGGUGUCAAACAACAGAAGAUGGUGACUCUUUAGGACGCUUGAUGAAUGACCUGCAAAACCACUACGCAUCCGCCCACCGUCAGCCACUCGUCGAUUCAAUCUGUGUGGCCCGAAGUCCAGACAACGGCAUGUGGUACAGAGCAAAGAUCAUGGCGAGUCAACACUCCCCCGUUGUAGAUGUGAGAUUCAUAGACUUUGGUCGAAUGCGAACGGUUCCUCUGCGGGAUAUACACCUCAUUGAUCCGGCUUUCUUACAGCUGAAUGCAAAGGCUUUUCAGUGCUGCUUAUGCCAGCCUCCAGACAAGAAAUCCACAAAUCCCACUUGGACUGACAGAGAAUUUCUGAAGUUUGCAGAAUCAUGUGCUAAGUCAGGCAUUGGUUUGACUUGCACAGUAAAAGCUGCCACUUGUGAUGAGGAAGGUCUCUUGCUAAAUGUGCUAGAUAUUGAAACACCAUCUGACGGUACAUGCAGGUGUCCGACUAAAGAAUACGCACAGAAUGAAGCUCACAAAAUGCAAAAAUCUCCACCGGUUCAAUCAGAUUCAUACAAUUACUCCACACAAAACAUUCAGGUGAAUGGAAAAGAAAAAGUGUGGAUAACGUCUUCAGGUAAUGUCAAUCUCUUCCACUGCCAACUGAACAGGAACUAUCAUCUGUUUGACAAAGUGAUGAAAAAUGUCAAACAACUACUCGGCAAGCAACAGUGCAAGGAUCAUCCACUUGGACUUAAUAGCAUUUGCUUUGCCAAGUACACUGAUAAGCAAUGGUACAGAGGACAAGUGGUAGAACUGUCUCCAAAACUUAAAGUACACUUUGUGGAUUAUGGUGAAACCCUGGUCGUGAAUGAAUGGGAUAUUUGCCCCUGUCCCACUGGAGAAAGUAUUGUCAGAGCUCUCCCUGUUCAGGCUGUUCCACUGGGACUGUUUAAUGUCCCUGCAGAAGUGCCACAGGAAAUCAACCAGUGGUUUGCAGAUCAUGCCGUUGGCCAAAAUCUGACCAUUUCUGUGGUAGCUAAAGGGGAAAAGGGGAAGCUAAUUGUUGAACUGUUCGAUGGAUCUCUGAGUGUAAAUGCAAUAGUCAGAGAGAGGAUUUCAAAUAUGAAACCGGGGAUGAUGGCUCUUGUUCAGAAGACUGAUCAGCAGCUUUUAAACAUCAUAAAACGUGCCACUAGCAACGAAACCUGUGCAAGAGAUGAGCGGAGUUCCCAACCAGUUACUAAAGUCUCUUUGCCAGAGAUUGAACAUGAACAGACUUUAGAUGAAGGAAGAAAAACAACCUCGGAAAUAUGCAGCAAUGAUUCAGAAGUGACACAACUUUCCCUUCUUUCUUGCCCCGAGGGAAAUGGGAAUAUCAGCAAGUACACAUGGCCAAACAUUUCAGAAAGCAAGACAGUGGAGGUAUAUGCAUCCUGCAUUGGUGGACCACAUUACUUCUGGUGUGAGUACGCAGAUGAAGAGGAGCAGAACAAAGUGAAAAGUCUUGUUCAGGAAGCAGGACUGGCUCAGCAGGAUAUGACAUUUCCUGAGACUCUCGGUCCUGGUAGUCCAUGCCUUGCUCUGUUUGCCAGUGACAAACACUGGUAUCGAGCUCAAGUUCUUCGCAGAGUUGAAGAUACAUUUGAUGUUGUGUUUAUCGACUAUGGAAAUGAGACUGAAGUUGACAUCAAGAACGUGAGAUCAGUGCCUCAGUGUCUGAUGGAGAUAGAUCCUCAGGCCUUUCUGUGCUCUCUGGAUGGAUUUGAUAUGUCCAAAGGCUCCUGGGAUGACCAAGUUCAUGAUGUCUUCUACAACCUUCUGGUUGAUAAAGUCAUCAGGGUGAAAGUGUUAAAUAUAGAAGAGCAUUCAGACAGUGUGUUCCCUCAAUAUGCGGUGGCAAUUGAGUGUGAAAAUGUGGUUAUGAAUACCGUGAUGCAGAAAUACUGGAAACCGCUUCCCACAGAACAUGCCAAACCUGAAAUGGAUGAAACCGAGACUUCCCUCCAAGACAAUCAGACGGAGUCCAACGGAGACGUUCAGACGGAGUCCAACGGAGACGUUCAGACGGAGUCCAACGGAGACGUUCAGACGGAGUCCAACGGAGACGUUCAGACGGAGUCCAACGGAGACGUUCAGACGGAGUCCAACGGAGACGUUCAGACGGAGUCCAACGGAGACGUUCAGACGGAGUCCAACGGAGACGUUCAGACGGAGUCCAACGGAGACGUUCAGACGGAGUCCAACGGAGACGUUCAGACGGAGUCCAACGAAGACAUUCAGACAGAUUCCAACAAAGACAAUCAGACGGAGGACAAUCAGACGGAGGACAUUCAGAUGGCGGACAUUCAGAUGGCGUCCAACAGAGACAUUCAGACGGAAUCCAACAGAGACAUUCAGACGGAAUCCAACAAAGACAUUCAGACAGAUUCCAUCAAAGACAAUCAGACGGAGGACAUUCAGACGGAGGACAUUCAGAUGGCGUGCAACAGAGACAUUCAGACGGAGUCCAACAGAGACAUUCAGACUGAGUCCAACGGAGACAAUCAGACAGAUUCCAGCGCCGCACAUCUUAAUGUUUCCACAGGAAAUGUGAAUGCUGGUAUGUUCAAGGAGCCAAGCAUCUCCAAAGACAAACAGGUGGAGGUAUAUGCAUCCUGCAUUGUUGGACCACAUUUCUUCUGGUGUGAGUACGCCGAUGAAGAGGAGCAGAAAAAAGUGACAAGUCUUGCUCAGGAAGCAGGACUGGCUCAGCAGGAUAUGACAUUUCCUGAGACUCUCGGUCCUGGUAGUCCAUGCCUUGCUCUGUUUGCCAGUGACAAACACUGGUAUCGAGCUCAAGUUCUUCGCAGAGUUGAAGAUACAUUUGAAGUUUGUUUAUCGACUAUGGAAACGAGACUGAAGUUUGACAUCAAGAACGUGAGAUCAGUGCCUCAGAGUCUGAUGGAGAUAGAUCCUCAGGCCUUUCUGUGCUCUCUGGAUGGAUUUGAUAUGUGCAAAGGCUCCUGGGAUGACCAAGUUCAUGAUGUCUUCUACAACCUUCUGGUUGAUAAACUCAUCAGGGUGAAAGUGUUAAAUAUAGAAGAGCAUUCAGACAGUGUGUUCCCUCAAUAUGCGGUGGCAAUUGAGUGUGAAAAUGUGGUUAUGAAUACCGUGAUGCAGAAAUACUGGAAACCGCUCCAC